AUGGUGGCCAGCAACCCUCUUCUCGCCGUCUCGGUGUCGGCUCUGGCAUCUUUGACCUCUACCUUUGAUGCUCAGGCAAAAACCAAUGUUGCUGUUUAUUACGGACAAGGUGCGAACCAACAACGAUUGAGCCAUUUCUGUCAGGAGACGUCGUUGGAUAUUAUCAACCUUGCCUUCCUUAAUAUCUUUCCGGAUCAGGGCCUUGGUGGAUUGCCUGGUACAAACUUUGGAAACCAAUGUGAUGGUCUGACCUACACUGUUGGAAACACCACCACCGAAUUGCUCUCCGGCUGCCACCAGUUGAUCCGGGAUAUCCCAAUCUGCCAAGCAGCCGGAAAAAAGGUCAUGCUCUCCCUUGGUGGUGGCUAUCCCGAUACUCAGAAGAUCGAAUCCGAAACAUCAGCCAUCGCUUUUGCCGACUAUCUUUGGGCUGUUUUUGGUCCAGUGACUGAGGAAUGGUCGUUGAUCAAUGGCCAACGUCCGUUUGGAGACGUCGUUAUUGAUGGUUUUGAUUUUGACAUUGAGCACAAUGGAGGAUUUGGUUACGAUAUCAUGGUCAACCGUCUUCGAGAGCAUUUUACAGAGUCCUCGCAAUCGUUUUAUAUCUCAGCCUCCCCCCAAUGCCCGAUACCUGAUGCACAACUCAGCAACGCUAUUGCGAAUUCCGCAUUUGACUUUGUCUGGGUUCAGUUCUACAACAAUGACGGCUGCUCUGCUCGCAAUUUUGUCAACGGCACAGGUUUCAACUAUGACGAAUGGGUCACUGUCAUCAAGAACGGUGGAAACCCUGAUGCUAAGCUCUUUGUCGGAUUGCCUGCCAGCUCUAACGCAGCAAAUAAGGGUUACUACAUUACUCCUAACGAUGCCCAGCCCCUGAUUAAGAAGUAUAUGGAUCUGUAUCCAGAGACCUUCGGAGGUGUUAUGCUCUGGGAAGCCACACAGUCUGAUCUGAACCAGAUUAAUGGUGGAAGCUAUGCGGACAACAUGAAGAGCAUCCUCAAUGGAUGUGCACCUAAGCCUACUCCCACUCCAACACCAUCGCCGUCCAGCACCCCUGUCCCAUCAAGCACACCCAUUACCUCGCCAUCUAGCUCUUCGGUCAUCUCGGACACGCCAUCGCCAUCCAGCACUCCUGCUUCGUCCAGCACUCCUGUCUCGUCCAGCACUGCCGUUCAGUCGAGUGUGCCGUUCAGCUCUGGAACACCCUCUUCGAGUGCAGCAACUCCAUCUUCUUCGGCGACA